UCCUCCCCCCAUUCUCUCCCCAUAUAAAUCCUCUCCUUCCACUCCUUUCAACAACAACAUCAUCUUCCCAUCAGUUUUCAAAUCCAUGGGCCGAUCACCCUGCUGUGAAAAAGCACACACCAACAAAGGUGCCUGGACCAAAGAGGAAGACAAGCGCCUCAUUGAUUACAUCCGUGUUCAUGGUGAAGGUUGCUGGCGUUCCCUCCCCAAAGCUGCUGGGCUGCUUAGAUGUGGCAAGAGUUGCAGAUUGAGAUGGAUAAACUACUUGAGGCCUGAUCUUAAGAGAGGAAAUUUCACUGAAGAGGAGGAUGAACUUAUCAUCAAGCUUCACAGUUUACUUGGAAACAAAUGGUCUUUAAUUGCUGGAAAAUUACCAGGAAGAACAGAUAAUGAGAUCAAGAACUACUGGAACACACACAUAAAAAAAAAGCUUAUAAGUAGAGGAAUCGAUCCACAAACUCAUCGUCCUUUGAAUGAAACUGCCAAUACAAACAACACCGCUAAAGCCACAGACCCUACUGAAUUGGAUAUCAGAAACGCACCCAGAGUUUCAAAAUCCAAUUUUAUGACAACCCCAUCUCUGAAUUUCAAACACGAUGAAUUUCAAGAUAAGGCCAAGACUGAGUCUCUUGAAGAAGGAAACUGUGCCAGCAGUGGCAUGACUACAGAAGAAGAACAACAACAGUUACACCAACACAAGGAGAAGCAUCCGAGUAAUGGGCAAGAGUUAAAUUUGGAGCUUUCAAUUGGGAUUAGUUCAGCUGGCAAGAACUCGAACUCAACUCGGGUUUCCAGCUGUGCCAACUCCGCCGAGUCCAAACCAAAGCUAGAUAACAACAAUUUCCAGUUUCUUGGACAAGCUAUGAUGGCCAAUGCAGUCUGUUUGUGUUGGCAAUUAGGUUUUCAAAGAAGCGAAAUUUGCAGGAAUUGUCAAAACACAAAUGGGUUCUAUAGAUAUUGUAGACCUUUGGAUUCAUAGGGGCCAAUUUUAUUCUUUUUUUUUUUUCUUCUGUAAUCAAAGCUAAUUACAAAACAAUAUGUUUGCAAUCAUCACAUGUACAUGGAAAAAAACACCAUUAAUUACUGCUCUCUGCACAAAUUAUUCAAUG